AUGUCUGUUCCAACGUGCAGCGACAUGGGAUACAACGCACUGACAGGGCCCAUUCCAAAGGAGCUCUCAGCCCUCUCGGGCCUCACCUUCCUAUCGUUAGAGGCCAAUAAAUUGAAGGGAUCAGUUCCCGAGUGGCUGGGACAACGACUCUUAAAGCUAGUGAACGUCCGUCUCGCCAGCAACCUUUUCAGUGGCGCUCUGCCAAGCACCCUGGGGGGUCUCAAGGGCUUGCAGUCGCUUGACAUCGGCAGCAACCGCCUCUCAGGCCACCUGCCGUCCACCCUCCAGCGCUGCCAGCAAUUGAAGCAGCUGUCCGUUGCAGCCAAUCAGCUCUCAGGACCGGUCCCAGGGUGGCUUGGAAGACUCAAGCAGUUACAAGUGCUUGAGCUCUAUUCCAACAGCCUGUCUGGCCGUAUUCCCCCCAGCCUGGCCGGUGCCACUGCCCUGGUGUCAAUAGCAUUAGACAGCAAUCGCCUUUCGGGUCCCCUCCCCCCAGCACUCGGGAACCUUCCCAGUCUCGCCGCCCUCUAUGCUGCAAGCAACUCUCUGGAAGGCCCCAUCCCUGCCAACUUCAAACGCCUAAAGAGCCUCAUGUACUUCGACCUGAGUUACAACAAGGGCAUCAACGGGUCCGUCCCAGCCUUUUUGGGAAACCUCUGGCUGCUCGAGUCCCUGGCCAUGGAGCACUGCGGCCUGACCGGCCCCAUCCCUCCGUCCCUAGGCUCUCUCAAACUCCUCGUGGAGAUCUUUCUCGGCGGGAACAGCCUCACCGGCCGCAUCCCAGCAACUCUCGGCAGUCUAGAGUCGCUCAACAAGGUCUAUCUCAGCCACAACCGCCUCACUGGGAGCAUCCCGGCACAGCUGUGCCGCCUGGCUAAUGUCUACGAGCUCCAGCUGGCUCGCAAUGAGCUCAACGGGACGAUCCCGACCUGUUUGACUGCCCCGCCGCGCCUGAAACUGCUCGACGUAUCUCACAACCACCUCACGGGCAAACUCCCUCCCAUUCCAAAGCAAUCCAAUCUCCUCUUCUUGUAUGCGGGUAACUGUCUCGACCAUGCAGCCAGCCAGGCCUGCCCUCCCAAAUCUUCCUCACCUGCUGCUACUCCCUCUUCUUCUCCCUCCUCUACCACCUCCCCAUAG